AUGCCCGGAACCUGGUUUCUCCCUUCCGAUUUUACCUUCACAACCGAAGGCCCACUUCGGCUGAGCAUGGUGAUUCCCCAAUGGUCUCGACCCACUACCGUCUUUGCGGAAAUGGGUUCUGGCAGCAGCAGUGCCGUCACGUUACCCGCGGUCAAAACCACCGUAGAGCGCAACCGGGCUUUCAACCGCUCCAAGUCGCGCUCCAAUAGCGUCGGGAUGUGGGCCAAGUUCGAAGGGCUCGCCUCAGGGUUGGCCAAUACGGAGACAGGCAAGAGCCGUAUCACAGACUACAGUACAACGGACCAUAAGAUCCGGACCUUCGUAGAUCCUCUGAUGGCCGAAACAGUAAGCACGAUUGCGAACCUGCCAACGGUACAGAAACGGAUCAAUUCGGGUAUGUUUGGUAAGCGAGCCGUGUACGUAGUGACCGGGCUGCGUAUCGCGACGUCGUCGUUCACUGUCACGGAGGAAGACUCAUCGAAUUUGUCCAUCGAGGUCGAAGGGUCUGGCCCAGCUUCGGGAACGACUCCGGUCGAAGUUGGAGGCAAAAUCAAACAUGAGAGCGGGAAGACGGCAAUGAAUUCUUACGAUACAGCCCCAGGGAUCGUGUUUGCUUAUUAA